GUAUGGAGUAUGACCGUGAAGAAGAAUUAUAAAACCCAUUAGAGCACGAGUCGAGUGUCGUGGAUUGUAACGGUGCGGCAUCUCACUUUAUAGCCGAGAGGCUACGUGUGUAUUUUAACUUUUGUUUUACAAUAUCUUUGCAGCCGCUCUGCUUGUACAUUCAAGAAUUUGCUGUCUUAAGUGAAGCCUUAUUCGCACCUCGGAUAUUUGCAUUAAAGGAUAGCCACUAUGGAGCUGUACAACAAAGACACAUUUUCUGAGGAUAUCCUGCCUGUUGUCAUUGUUGGUAAUGGACCAUCAGGGAUUUGCCUCUCUUAUUUGCUGUCAGGAUACACGCCUUACCUUUCCCCCGAUGGCGUCCAUCCCAACCCAAUUUUGCAUAACAAACUGACACAGAACCCUCAUCUGUCUUUGCUUGACCAGGAUCUGGAGUACCUGUGUGAGGGUGUAGAGGGACGUUCGUCAAACCCUGUGGCUGUGCUCUUCGAUGCCCUCCUCCUUCCAGAUGGCGACUUUGGUGUGGAUUGCGCUUCCCCGCUGAUAUGGCGACAUGAGCCGGAAAGGGCCACUCCCCACCUUGUACUGGGGAAGGGACCACCUGGAGGGGCCUGGCAUGCGAUGGAGGGCUCAAUGUUGACUCUCAGCCUAGCUAACUGGAUGGAACUUCCUGGUUUGAAGCUGAAGGACUGGAUGAGAGAUAAACGAAGAAAUUUACGUAAUGACCGGGCCACGCCAGCUGAGAUUGCGUCCUACUACCAGCACUAUGUGACUAAAUUGGGUCUGGAGAGGAGCUUUGCUUGCGGCACAACCGUAACCUCAGUCUCUCGGGUUUCCCUUGAAUCUAACUGCUUCAUUUGGAAGAUCCAAGGCCUCCAGAGAAGAGCAAAUGGUGGUGAAGAAAAGGAAGUAAUCGAAGUCCCAUUCACUGUGUAUGCAGAGAAUGUGGUGCUUGCCACAGGAACCCAUGACAUCCCAGCCCGUCUCGGCGUGGAAGGCGAAAACCUUUCCUUCGUGUGCCACAGCUUCUGGGAGCUGGAGGCCGCCAUUUCCUCAGGCCGUUUGGACGGCGCCUCUGAGCCAGUUCUUGUGGUUGGUGCUGGCUUGACGGCGGCAGACGCCGUUCUUGCAGCUCACCACUUGAACACACCUGUAUAUCACGCCUUUAGGCGACCUGUGACUGAUCCGGGGCUCAUCUUCAACCAACUGCCCAAACUCCUUUACCCUGAGUACCACAAAGUGCACCAAAUGAUGAGCCAACAGCAACACAAAGUGGGUGAGACGGUGGUUAAUCUGUCCAACCAACCUGCUGAGAGCACCAACUCGUAUACCUGUUACCCUGGUUACCUCAGUUACCCAAAGCACCGUGUGGUUGCCUUCAGACCUGAUGGCAAGUGUGUGCUAGAGGAUGAGGAAGGGCUACAGACAGUGCUACAAGUCUCAAUGGCACUCGUUUUGAUUGGUGCCCAUCCCAACCUGUCAUUCCUUCCAGAACAUGGUCGCCCACUGGCGUUGGACUCAGAAGAGCCAAUUAGCUGUCGGAGGAACCCGUUAGAUGUGGAUCCAUACACGUACGAGAGCGUGAAGGAGCCAGGGAUGUAUGCCAUGGGUCCACUGGUGGGUGAGAACUUUGUGCGGUUCCUGAAAGGUGGAGCUUUGGCCAUUGCAUGUGACAUCGCUCGUAAACGAAGUACAAAACAACAAAGUGCUACAGAAAAUCGCACAACCAGCUCAUUGAAUAUUCAAUUGACCAACUGCACCUUGGAAGCAUGAAAAGACAUAGACUUAAAAAGAGUAUGUAUAGCUAUCUGGUACUUCCAAAAUGGUUCAGAAAUGCUCAGUGGUUCUGCUCCGACUGACGUGAAGGAACCAGUAGUUGAACGGUUCAAGACCGUUCCCACAUCCCACUGCAAGUGCUUGCAUGCAGACUGCGAAUGCACUGACACAAAUUUGUGUAGUUAAUGGCUAACUAACCAGGCCUAAACAUUAAUCCGAGUCUACGCACACCGGGUGCUUUAACUUCAGGGAUUCAUUUGUGCAUGGCUGCUCAUUUGAAACACUACUCUUGUUCUCAUUGCAAUCUUGUUCUGUUGUGCCAAAUUAAUGUUUGUAAUUGCCGUGUUUUCAAAUCUAACAUCUUCUUCGUGUAAGGAAAACACAAAACUAAUCUUUGCCAAGCAAAUGCUGCGGUUGUAUCAAUGUUGGUACUGACGCUCUUAUUGUCUUCUUCUUUGAUGAAUGUAGAAACCUUGGUGGACCUAAAAAAGAAAGAUCCUUGUAACAUUUGGUCUUCCAUACAUUGCCUUUCCAAGUAAAGCAUACACCUGUAGUGAGUCCAUUGGUUAUUCCAGCAAACCUGACUGUCUAGUUUUAAGGCUCUAAGAUGUUCUUGUUUCAUGCUGCUGUUGCUAACCAAAAGCCAAACCUCAGUGAGGUCAGGCUGCACUUACAAAACUGACCACGAGAGGGCCUUUGCACACCAUGACUAAAGCCAGCAACAUUGCAUCAGACAUAAUGGUCCUUCAUGACAUUAUUUGAAUCAAGGAUGCAUCCAACAUAAACUUAUUUAUGACUGAUAUAUGCCAAAAUGUAACAUUGCCUAUGAGAUUGACACAUUAACUGUACUUUAAAUUUUUUUUUUUUUUUUUUUUUUUUUUUUUUUUUUUUAGAUGAAAUGCAUAUCUAGUUCAUUUUAAGAAAACGAUUCUACACUGAAGAUUGCAACAUUUGUUUCAUCUUAAAAACGAAUUGUACUGUAUUUGGCUAUAAGUUAUGAUCCCUGGCAGCUCUGAUUAAACAUGUUUGUAAAUAUGGUUUGUACUCUUUGGAAAGGAAAAAAAUACAAACAAAUAUUGUAUAUUUUAUGUACAUUGAUUCUUGCAGUCAAACACUUCAAAUAAAAUAAAUGUCUGACAACGCAA